AUGUCUUUUUUUGGCAGAUUGGGGAAAACAAGCCAACCUACUCGCGAAACUGUUCAUACGUCAGGAUUGCCCAACUAUUCGUAUAGUUCUUUACUUGAAAAAGACGAAAUUGGGGAAGGUGGUUUCGCGGUUGUUUUUACCGCGAAGCUGCCGGACAAUGGAGCUAAGAUUGUUGUGAAGAAGCUAUUAGCGUCUGACAAUGAAGCUAGGAAGUCGCUGGUUAAAGAAGCACGACUUCUUAGCAAGUUGCAACACCCGAAUGUUGUCAGGUUUGAAGAAGUUUGUCUGGACAAGUACGCUGUGUUGCUUGAAUAUGUGUAUUUUGAUUUUACGCCAAUCCGCGGAAACGACGGCAUCACUGUGCAUAGCUUAGCCAAUUUCUUGGCAGUUUGCGAACAAUCAGAUUGCCAUGGCAUGCAUUGCUCGAUAUUUAUUCAUUCUUCCUUGGACGUCGCGUUGGGUUUGAAGUAUCUGCACGAGAGAGGGAUUGCCCACCGUGACCUGAAACCUGAAAAUAUAUUGGUGUCUAUUAACCACCAUUACAAUCGUCUCACAGAUACACGAGCAGUCGAAUGCAUGGCUUCCAUUAAGCCACUCAUAUGUAAGCUGACGGACUUUGGUGAAAGUCGAUCAAAAGACAUCCACACCGAGCAAAUCCUAAAAUCGAAGACCGCACGGGUAAACCGAGGUGAGACCGCUUAA